AUGUCCAGCACUCACUCUUUAGAAGAUGUCAACAAAAAAGUGAAAAGAAGAGGAAAAGUCUCGAGUGUCAAUCGAGGGCGUCGCCCAGCGGAAGAUGAUAAACCUUACAGUCGAAAUGACGCCCGCAACAAAAGCAUCAACAGACUAACCGAGACUUAUAGUCCAUCUCUGAAUUUUUAUCCUGACGACUACGAAGUUUCCUACGAUUCGUAUUCCGCAGAUAUCAGCAGCAUGUCGACCAAAGACACAAAGGCAAAAGGCAAGAAAAAAGGCGGCAAGAAGAAGGGGAAAGAGAAAGACCGGAAAGAAUCGAAUAAAUCCGAAGAAAACCCGCCAAAAUCUCCCGAGCCUGUGGAGGAAAUAAAAGUGUCUCAAGGUAACUUACAAGAAAAGAGGCACUCAUCUAUCGUGAGGAAAAAUGUGGAAGGAGGCAAACGCUCAGAUAGCAUUUUGAGUCUCUUAAAGAACUCGCUUCAUUCAAAGACUUCCUUAUCAAAAGCAAAUGCCGAACCCAUGGUUCAGAGGGCUUCUAAUGUUGUUAGACCACCCAGUAGCAGGCAGUUUGUAGUGACUAAGAAAUCAGUGGCCGAUUUCGGAUGUAGCGUUCCUGGCGAUUUUAGUAACCUUCAGUUAUCGGGAAGCACCAAUAAGCUUCUGAGGGCAUCGUAUCAGGCAGUACCACGGCAAGAAAGUUUAAAGCUAAACGACAUCGCAACCCAGACAGCCCCUCACGUCUGCCGACAGUGUGAUGAUUCCAAUUAUUUAAUGUCACGGCAAAUGCCCAACGAGGCUUCCAGUCAAGGGAGGCUAGCCAGUCUGGCUGCUCAAGAGGCUGGUAAUACUUACAUGUACUCCCCUCCAAACAGAUAUAUCCCCGAGGUUAAUGCUCCGUAUCAUUAUCAAGGCUCCACCACCGUGUCGGGUGGAUUACGUGAAGAGUUGAGACAAAGCAUUAUUUCCCAAUCCAGAAAUGCGCCUUAUGUUGGUGCUGAAAGAGGCGGACAAGUUAACCACUACCCCGCUUAUGAUGCUGAUAAAACCAAACUAUUGAAAAGUAACAAAAGCAAAUAUAUUUGUUACCGAGUACCUAAUGCAGAAAACAACGAAAUAAAUACAGAACAUGACAUGAGAGCACAAUUGCUUGGAAAUAAAUCGGUGAUGAAUAAAACCACUUCAUCGCCUUUGAUCAAUUAUGCCACACGAGUGCCCAAAGAAAGGGACUGCCCUUCAAAUAUACAACUUGACCCUAAUGCAUACAAAACAACAACAGCGUCCACCUCAGAAACCAAUGCUGCACAAAGGUGGUCUCGUAGAUCACAAAACGUUGUGGAGAACUCCACUGGUCCCUCCAGGAACAGAACAUCUGGGCAAAUGAAAAAGUCUAACCUAUCACCACCAAUGGUCAGCUUUAAAUCCAAUGACAUGUUAGCUGACCAGGUUUACGAAGUAGGAGUCAGCAGAUCUUGCGAUUCUGUGAAAACGUUAAAGGAAUGGAAUACCUUGGUGGCCAGAGAUUUCCAGCAUCUUCUACAGCUUUACCAAAACUUUCAGAAGCUGAGUUUCAAAUACAAAUUGAAUGAUGACUAUGAUUUUGUGAGCGAUGUUGGAAACUGUAGUAUUCUAAAAGAGAACCAAACUAAUGAGGAUGUGAUGGACUACAGCGAUAGAUCAGAUCAGUCGGAAGACAAAUCUAUUGUAAUAUUGACAUCAGACGACGAGGCUUUGAGUAACAACAAUGAAUGCAGCAAUCAAGAAUCACAUCCUGAGAAAAACGUAAAUAAAAUUAUUACGGGCUUGGAAACAAGUAAGGAGCAUCAUAAACUCAUCAAAAUCUUCUGUGCUGCUAAAGCAGCUUCCGAAGUAGGGAUCAAAGUUCCAGGCAUCAACAGCCAAGGUUGGGUAGAUGAUGAAUUUGUUAAGCACCUUCAGCUUUCCAGACAAUUCGAUGUCCGAAGCACGAUCAACUAUUGUGCGAUUCAAGUGAAUCUACUCGACGAAGACGCCUACGAGUACCUCUUCAGCUAUGUGCAACUGUAUUGCGAGUUCCUGGCUGUAAAGAGAGACCGCAUUGGCUGCUGCAAUUACAUGGAACAAUAUCAGCCUCUUUUGACCGCUUUCAAAAAGUAUCUUGAUAUAUUCUUCACGUUUAGUGCGGCCAAACUUUUUCGCGAGGAAAGACAAAAAAUCCCUGGAUUAGAUGAACAAGGUUUUUUGGAGGAAGGAUUUAUUGAUUAUGUACAGAAUAGUGUAGAGUUCAACUUGCGCGUGAUGAUUGACCGAUGCAAUUCAUUCCCGGCCACUUCGUUCAGCUUAAAACAUGUGAAUUGUUACAUACAAGAAUAUCUUCGGCUUUAUAACUGCUACCAAGCAGACUUAAACAAGAAAUGCUCCCAACUGACUGGUGAUAUGAACAGGACUCAAACAAACCAACGUAAGAUGACCUUUGACACAAACUGUUCAACUGAUAAAGGUCAGAGCGAUUUAUCUGACUGCAAUCCCCCGGAAACAGAAGUCCAGCUAGUGUCUUUGCAAGUUGCUUCCUGUAAUGAAGUGUACGCUCGUCCAUGCGUGCAGACGGACAACCCCAAGGCUACUAAUUGCCUGAAUCAGUCGCAGCUUCAGAAUUCAGGGGUGAUAAAUGUAUCCUAUCGGAAGUCUCAACCAUCGAAUGCAUCUGCGGACAGCGGUUGUCAAGUAGAGCACUCUGAACUUUACAGCCUGCAGGAAGAAACGGAGCAAGAUCCACCAUUACAAGCGGUCAUGCAACAAAGAACAUCAGAAUUAAAUUCUAUCAAAGACAAAUGACAGAGAAGAAUGGAGAAAAAAGGUUGACAGAUCUUGUGUGGUAACCCAGCGGUUCAGCAGACCAAAGAAUAGGUGAAAGUG